AUGGGAAAGCACAGGGAUCGAGGCAUACACGAGAAGAAAAACCCCCAUAUUGAGUUUACAAGCGAAGCAGCUCCCACAUGCCAGCAAGAAGUUGCUUUUGAUCCAAAUGCCACUGCAUCAAAUGGGCCUACAAUUUAUGAGUGCGGGAAUGAAUAUGAUUUGCCAUUCCAUGAGGAUUCAGCCCCAUACAUAUCAGAAAUGCCUCCUGAAAUCGAAAAGAAAACAGGCAUCAUGAAGCAAUUCCUCUCAGGGAUCGAAAUGUUAUUUUCAGUAAUCAGGUCUGCAUUCAGAAGCACAAUUACAUGGAUUUCAAAAAGAAUCGCAUCGUCUUCGUCUAUUGGCGAACAGGUUUAG